GAGCCCUCUACAGGGACGUCAUGCAGGCGAAUUAUGAGAUUGUGACCUCACUGGGACUCCCCAUUCCCAAACCUGACCUGAUUGUCCGGCUGGAAGCUGGGGAAGAGCCGUGGGUCCCAGAUCUUCCGGCCUCCGAGGAAAGGAAGUUCUCAAGAGGCACUUGCACAGGUGAUGAGACAAUGAGUGAGAAUGAGGACGGGAAUCUACUGCAGGAAUGUCCUGAACAAGUGGAACUGCAGGGGACAUUACUGAAAGAAGCUGAAGGGAAUUUUUCCCAGUGCUUGGAACAGAGGAAAGGCUGGAGUAAUUGGCAUGGGUCAGAGAGGAAGCUGGGAAACUGCCAAAGGAAUAAAGUGUCUGAAUCUAUUGGAUGUGGGGGAGGAGGCAAGGAUUCCAAAGAAACCACAGUUCAGCAGACAAAUGAGAACGAAAAGAACCCCUAUACAUGCUUGGACUGUGGGAAAAGCUUCAGUCAUCGCUCAAAUCUGACUAGACAUGGGAGAAUCCAUACUGGAGAGAGACUUUAUAAAUGCUUAGACUGUGGGAAAAGCUUCAGUCGGAGCUCAAAUCUUAUUAGCCAUAGGAUAAUCCACACAGGAGAAAAACCCUAUAAAUGCUUGGACUGUGGGAAGAGCUUCAGUCAGCGCUCAGGCCUUAUUAACCAUGGCAGAAUCCACACUGGAGAGAACCCCUAUAAAUGCUUGGACUGUGGGAAAAGCUUCAGUCAUCGCUCAAAUCUUAUUAGACAUGGGAGACUCCACAUGGGCGAGAGACUUUAUAAAUGCUUGGACUGUGGGAAAAGCUUCAGUCGGAGUGCAAAUCUUAUUAGCCAUAGGAUAAUCCACACUGGAGAGAAACCCUAUACAUGCUUAGACUGUGGGAAGAGCUUCAGUCGGAGCUCAAAUCUUAUUAGCCAUAGGAUAAUCCACACUGGAGAGAAACCCUUUAAAUGCUUGGACUGUGGGAAGAGCUUCAGUCAGCGCUCAGGCCUCAUUAGCCAUGGCAGAAUCCACAUGGGAGAGAACCCUUAUAAAUGCUUAGACUGUGGGAAAAGCUUCAGUCGAAGCUCAAAUCUCAUUAGCCAUAGGAUAAUCCACACUGGAGAGAAACCCUAUAAAUGCUUGGACUGUGGGAAGAGCUUCAGUCAGCGCUCAGGCCUUAUUAACCAUGGCAGAAUCCACACGAGCAAGAACUCCUAUAAACACGACUGUGGGAAGAGCAUCAGUCAGUGCUCAGGCCUUAUUAGCCAUGAGAGAACCCACACAGAAGAGAGACCCUAUAAAUGCUUGGACUGUGGGAAAAGCUUCAGUCGGAGCUCAAAUCUUACUGUUCAUAGGAGACUGCACACGGGAGAGAGACCCUAUAAGUGUUUGGACUGUGGGAAAAGCUUCAGUCGGAGGGCACAUCUUAUUAGACAUGGGAGACUCCACACUGGUGAGAAACCCUAUAAAUCCAUGGUUCUCAAACUUUAACAACCCGAGGUCACCCCUUUUGAUUUAAAAAUUUGCAUGGACAUCGCCCCCCCCCCCCCAGCCACGACUCAGCCACAGGCCCCGCCCCGCUCUACCCCUUCUUCCAACCCCCCACCUCUGCCCCUCCUCUUCCCUGCCU